AGUUGUGUAAUUAAAGUCAGAUAAAGGGGAGAGAAUGAAUUCUAAAUAAGUGGCACCUAAUCAGAAAAUAGUGGAUCAGACACGUGGGGCCAAGUGUUGAUCCCGCGACAUGUCUUUCCAAAGAAUUAGGUGUCACUUCACUUCAGCACGUGGGUGUCUAGGGGAUUAGGACUAAUAAUCUCCUCUCUGUGUCGCUCCACAUGUCCUGAGCACGAAUGCCUCCGUUAUCUUUGUGAAUUUUCACGGACUAUGGACAUAUUUUGUUAUCUUCUAGUUAUAGUUCUGCUCAGUGUCCGAGUGAGUGACAGUGACGCUCAGUGUUUACGCGGUUGCACUUGUGUAAAAGACCGUCAUGGAAGUUCCAUUACGUGUAUGGAUGAUGGCGCAUUUGGAGCCAUCCCUGAGAAUCUUCCGGAGGACAUGACCAAAAUACGAAUAGAAAAUUCGCAUUUUACAGAAAUACCCAGACGGGCGUUCUCGAAGACACCAUUUUUGGAGAACCUGUGGUUGAACUUCAACAACAUUACAGUCAUAAACUCUAAAAGCUUGGAGGGGUUAGGGACUCUAACCGAGCUCCGACUGCAGGGAAACAAACUGCGUUCAGUACCAUGGACAGCGUUCGAGGACACGCCGCUCCUGAAAAUCCUGGACCUGAAGCACAACCAGCUGGACGUCCUGCCGGAACAUGCCUUAAAAUUCCUACCAGAUCUGACCUACUUAGAUUUGUCCUUCAACAGGCUUACGGUUAUAUCAAAGGAGGUUUUCCAAAACUGGCCUCUCUACCAAAAACUACAGAGCAUGGACGGAAACCGAGAGUCAACCACGUUUGGGACGAACGUAGUCCUGGCGCUGCACAACAACGCCUGGAUGUGCGACUGUCGCCUCAAAGGCUUUGUGGAGUUCAUCAGAGCCCUAAGCCCCCCGAUCAUAUUGAUGAACUCCUACUUGACCUGCUCAGGGCCGGACUUUAGGGCGGGCAAGUUCUUUCAUGAUCUGGAGCUGCAGGCGUGCAUGAAACCCGUGGUCAGCAGUCCGACCGCCAACGUCAGUCUGCCGCAGGGCACCAACCUCACCCUGCGCUGCCUGGCCAAGGCUAGACCAGACCCCGCCGUGUGGUGGACAUAUGGUCUGAAGAUAAUCAGAGGAUUUCAUGAGUCGCAGGAAAGAGUAAACGAAGACACGAUCAGAUCCUUGCUGGUGAUCCCCUCCCUGCAGGCCGCCGACCGUGGCGUCUACACCUGCACUGCCCUCAACUUCAUUGGGAACUCCUCCGUAAGCAUCUGGGUUAAUGUCCCCUCUGCUGACGACACCCCAUUGUCACACGCCCCGGGUUCUACGCACACUGCCGUAGAUGAGAACGUCUACAUUGACAUUCGAAUCACCAAACAGACAGUGCGUGGCAUCUCCAUCGAGUGGUACGCGGCCCUGGAACGUCCUUCUGAAACCUGGUUCACCGUCCACUUUGGCCGCGCAGAUGCUGACAAAAAAGAAAUGAUCUACAUCGGCCCUGGAAUUCAGUCGUACUCCGUCGCCGAUCUGCUCCCUGCUACCAAAUAUGAAAUCUGUGUGUCUCUGAAGAAUCAAUCACCGCGUCCAGGCCAGUGCAUCGUGUUUGUCACAGGAAGUGACAUCACGGAGAUGGAGCAGAGAGAAAAGCUGAUUCAUAUAGUGGUGGUAGUUCUAGCCAUGGUUCUGGCGGUGCCUAUUGGAAUGUAUGCCUGCACCACUGACACUAAAUUUGCCUGUCUGGAAGGUAUCAGGAAAUGGAAGAAACGGCGCAGAGAAGACAGAUCCCUGCAGAUGGAGCGAGAGAGACAGGGCACCUUUGACAGCCUGCAGGCCGCCAGUGACGAGGGCCUGGUGAACAAAGAGUCCAGUGAUGACAGGAAGUUGCGGAGGAGGUCAGAAGACAAACUGCUGAAGGGUAAAUCAGAGAACAGCAGAAUCACAGCUGAAUUAUAUUAGAUUACAACUGAGGGAAGCAGGAACCUGGGACUGUAGUUGAAGGAGAACUCUAGUCAACGUCAUCAUAUACAGUAGCUCUGAUGUUAGAAGGUGUAAAUACUAGGCUUACUGUUAUUGGUCAUUUGAAGAAGCUGGAAAAGUGCGGCCAUAAUUAUAACGAUUAUAUUUCCUCUCAAUUUACUGCCUUGGUUUGAUUGUGAUUUGUUUUGUCCUGUGCUCUGUUUCAGGGACUUUGAUGCAAAGAUGUGAGUGAUGACUGUUUAAACCAAGUCCAGGAUUUACAACAGUGUCGUGAGUGUGCAGUUAGAAAAUGUUCAGAUCUGGGUUUUACAAUGAACUCUCACUCUACUCAAAGAUAUACUGACUUUAGUUGAACUCCAAAAUUUAAACAAUGUUGAUACUAAAACCACCAAUUUUUUUUUCUUAUUUGAUAUAUAGAUGUAUAUAUAUAUUUAUAUGUAUACAGUUUACCACUUAUGGAACCAGAUCUAGUGAAUGUAUGUCAUCAAAGAAAUGGUUUUGAUAAGUUUCUAAGAAAAGGUCAUUUAAAUGUAUUUACGUUGUGAAUAUAUUUACUGGUGAUUAAUUGUUGUGAAAUGAUUCUGGGACCUUCACUUUAAAAGUGCAUUCAGAAAUAAAAUAAAAGCAAUUCUGUGUAUAACACACAAUAUUUUGUAUGGUUCUGAUUGUCUCAAAUGUGAUUUGUUUUGCACAUUUGUGUUGGGAUCAUUUUUAUGGGUUUGAGAAAAUGUGAACACAUUUACGCUGCAUCUUAUUUGA